CCCUAAUCCAUUUUUAUGUCCCACACUUAAAUUACGCAGAGUUAAGCAAGAAAGUUGUUCUAAUCUCUCAGGAUGGCUUUCAAUCCUGCAUUAUUGAGCUCAAUCUUCAUCGUCCUUUUGGUAUUUUCCACAGUGACAAACGCGCUGAGCUUGAAUUACUACGACAAGAGCUGUCCCAAUGUCGAGCAAAUUGUUUCUAAUGCCGUCAAGAAGGGGAAAGCCAACGACGGAACUGUCCCUGCUGCUCUGCUCCGGAUGCACUUCCACGACUGUUUCAUAAGGGGCUGUGAUGCAUCUGUGCUGUUGGACUCCACCAGAGGCAACAAAGCAGAGAAAGAUGGGCCACCAAAUAUUUCUCUGCAUGCGUUUUAUGUCAUUGACAAUGCAAAGAAACAAGUGGAGGCUUCCUGCCCUGGUGUUGUUUCAUGUGCUGAUAUCUUGGCUUUGGCAGCAAGGGAUGCUGUUGUGCAAUCCGGAGGUCCGAAUUGGGCCGUGCCGAAAGGAAGAAAAGAUGGACGAACAUCAAGGGCUAGUGAAAGCGUGCAACUGCCGGGUCCAACCUUCAACAUAUCUCAACUGCAGCAGAGCUUCUUUCAGAGAGGUCUGUCCUUGAAUGACCUGGUGGCUCUUUCAGGAGGGCACACUCUAGGGUUCGCCCACUGCUCAUCGUUCCAAAACAGAAUUUACAACUUCAAUGCCACACGCGACGUUGAUCCAACACUGCGCCCAUACUUUGCUGCAAGUUUGAGGAAUACGUGUCCCAUCAAGAACAGACCGAGGAAUGCCGGUGCCACAAUGGAUUCUUCUUCUACAAUUUUUGAUAAUACAUACUUCAAGUUGAUCCUCCAAGGAAAGAGCUUGUUUUCUUCGGACCAAGCUCUGGUCAGUAUUCCACGGACUAAAGGUUUGGUUACUAAGUUUGCUUCCUCAAACCAAGCGUUCUCAGAUGCUUUCGUGAUGUCUAUGAUAAAGAUGAGCAACCUUAAUGGUGGACAAGAGAUCAGGAAAGACUGCAGGGUAGUAAAUUAAACGAGGGCCGCCAAGCUUAGUUGUAGCCGAUUGUAUAAACAUGAGAACUGGGAAAUCCAUCAAGUCGGUGGUUCUCUAUUAACUUUCGAGUUUUGAAAGAUUUGUGAAGGAAAUUGUUUGUGUGCUGCGUUUCAUAAUGUUUGAAAGGAUCUUGUUACAACAAAAUUCUGUUAUAAAUUGUAACAAAAAUCGUACUAUUUAUACGAAGUACUCAGUUGAAGGG